AGCCAUUCCGACUCAGAAAAUCAGCUUUCUAGUUCGCCUUCUUACAGCUGAGUAGCACCCAAUAAGCAUUAUAUUAGUGUUAGCUAUUGUUAUUUCUACUAAGAUUAGCGUAAUCACGUUCGUGUAAGAAUUAACUAAUGUAUGAAAAAAAACCCAGACAGGCAGUCCAUGACUUGUACGCAGAUUUUCUUCCAGUUCUACUAAUCACCUUUCCGGAGACACGUGAGUUCACUCCGCCCUCCCCAAGAUGGCGCCCUCCGAGACUCCGCUCCACCGAUCCUCCCCACUCAAGAUGGCGUCCUUUACAAUUAAAAGCUGUAUUCCGCCCUUCUCCAGAUGGCGCCAACAUCAGGCCUUGUUACCUUCCGCCUCCUCAACGUGACUGUGACCAGCGAAUGUCAACUGCGCACGCUCUAACCCUCUCCAAGCGGUGGUGAACGUAAGGCGCACCACAUUUCGACCUUCUCAAGAUGGCGGGAUGGCGCUGCGGCCGCAAACUGGCGUCGCAAACUCACGAAAACUCGGCGGCUCCCGUCAAAGGCACUUCCGGUUGCGCCGGCGGUAGCCUGGCCGGGCCUGUGGGGCUGCAGAAAGGUUCCUUCCGACCCCAGGACGCGCUGGCUCGACGAUGGACCGGAGGAAAAAGCCUUUGGACGUCACGGCCUCCUCGUUGGUAGAUCUUAAGGCUGAACUCUUCCGAAAACAAGAAGAAUUCAAACAAGAAAAACUUCUGAAAGAUUCUGGAGCUUUUGGAAAACCAAAAACAAAUAAUAAGAAGCCAAGUAUCUGGAGCAAACAGAAUGCAGGAGUCUCAAUUCGAGCUGAGAAGGAUGCUGAAGAAAAGAUUGAGGAACAGAAGACUUUAGACAAAGCACGAGAAAAAUUGGAAGAAAAAGCCAAAUUAUAUGAAAAAAUGACUAAUGGAGACUUUAUUGAUGAAGAAGUAGAGGAUAUGUACCUUGUGGAUUUCACACAGAAGAUCAUAGACAAGCGCAAAGAAAUGGAGGCGUUUGGUGCCAGUAGAGAUUCUCAAAAGGCAGGAGAAAGGGACGACGAUGAAGAAAAUCUUCCUGAGGAAGAUAUACCUCCUCCCCAGGACCCCAGCGAAGAAUGGGUGGAUUAUGUGGAUUCUUUAGGGAGAUCCCGGCGCUGUAUGAGAAAGGAUUUGCCAGAUCUGCUGGAGAUGGACAAAAAUCUUCAGGGGAGACUUUUCAUUAGUCCUGCUAAUGAAAAAACCUUAUUAUCUGAAGAUAUGAGAAAAGAGCUUCAGCGCCAGCAAUGGGAAGAAGAAGAAAAGGAGGCUCUGAAGAGGCCGGUGGGGCCUGUACAUUAUGAAGAUAUUCGGGAAAAUGAGGCCCGGCAACUUGGUGUUGGAUAUUUUGCCUUUGCCCGAGACAAAGAAUUGAGAAACAAGCAAAUGAAAACUUUAGAGAUGCUGCGUGAACAGACAACAGAUCAGAGGACAAAACGAGAAAACAUAAAGGAAAAGCGAAAGGCUAUCUUAGAUGCAAGACUUGCCAAACUUCGACAAAAAAAGAUGAAGAAAUCACAAGAGGAUGGAACAGAAGAAGGAAAUAGAGAUGGAGAUAUUAUUGGGCCUUUGCCACUGGAACCAGAGGUUGUGCUAACUCCACCUACUGCUUCCCAGAGUAGCAAAGUAGAAGUCAUUGUCCAGGAGAGGAAGGACACCAAGCCCGGCGUGCCGCAUGUCCGGGAGUGGGACCGAGGAAAAGAAUUUUCCUUUGGAUACUGGUCGAAGAGGCAAUCAGAUCUCCGUGCUGAAAGAGAUCCUGAGUUUGCCCCACCAUCAGAUUACUUCAUGGGUCAAAAGAGAGCUGGUUCUUUCAGCAGCCAGGUGUGGAGCAGGCCUGGACCAACGCAGAGUGACCCAGGGCAGUGCUCUGGGGAGAGCCAUGGCCCCACACAGUCAGCUUCUACCCCCGACAACCCACCACAAGCCUCCACAGUCACUUUUGAAACUCUGGAUGAUAUGAUAUCCUAUUAUAAACAAGUGACAUGAGUUUAAAAAGCA